AUGGAUGAACGACCUACAAGUUCAGUCAACGACGAUGAAGAACAACAACACGACAUGAUUGAAAGCGGCACCAGUCCCCAAAACCAGGGACUAAUGGCACAACAAGUUUACAUGUCAAGACUACUUGCUAACCUCAACCAGCAACCUCUUAUGCAAUUGGCACAUGCUAUGCGGCGUCGAGCACGUUAUGAUACUUUAGCUAAUGCGUCGGGGCCAACAACACCACCUCGGCGUCCAUCUGCACAAGAUCGACCGCAACGAACGCGAGAGCAGAUAUUACAACGAUAUGAGAACGAGCUUCAAUCACUUAAUGGUCAUUGGAAUAGCAUUUGUAUUGCAUUGACUUCUAUACGCAGCACCUACUUGGCUGUGCUUUCAUCGCUUUCAGCCGAUCAACAACAACAUGAUGAAUCCCACUCGCCAGCAGCAUCUUCAACCUCUACAACAUCAUCCACAUCCUCGCCAACAUCGAUACAGCAAUCCCCCAUCACAGAUUUCUUGAUACCCUCAGCUGUUGCUGUGACCUCGUUCAUGGCGGCAAGGAACAAUAACUCCACACCAUCUGAUUUUGAGCAAGAGUUACUACUGGCGGUGGAUGAUGCCAUGUUCCAAAUCCGUCAAUUGGAAGCACGCAUUGAACGUUUGGAAGGACACAUUCAAGAACUCGUCCAAUCUGUUCCUCGUAGACAACAACAAUAA